AUGACAUCAAAUGCAGGCCAAGUCAAUACAGCUCCAACAUAUCGCAAACAACAUGGUUUCGGCCCCGAGUGGCGAGUUGCUCUUGACGAGUUUUUCAAGUCGCAGCCAGGGUCGGUUGUACAAGAGAAUUAUUGGGAGCCCAGGUCAAUGUCCAGCUCCAUCUCGCAUGAACAACUCCGUCGUUUCUUCAACGGACAUGACAUGCCAUUUGGUAAAGACAAGUUGCUCUAUCGGGAGAAAUUUGCCUUGUGGGCGAUCGAUGAAGCCUUGAAAGAGUACCCUUCAGGAAUCGUGGACCCUGCCGGAGAUAUCUUCCAAGGCAAAUUUGUCAGCCAUCAUGGUGACAAGGGUAACCGACCAGCAUCUGAAUGGUAUGAAAAUACUAAUUGCACGAAUGGUCAAGGGGGAUUUGAAUACAAGAACUCCAACUCGACAACGAAAGAGCGUGGUGACACUGAGCCGCUACAGAGUCUAUACGGCGCGGCCCAAGCACUACAUUAUGCGUCCCCUAACUGUUUAGGCCCCCCAGUUGGACCUGCUGCUACGUAUCUGCAGAUGGAGAAAGUCGGCACGCACGGUCAAAGCAGUCUAAGUCUAUACAACUCUCCGUUAUUUCCUGAGGUCAAGUACGAAAACGAUGCAAGUGCCAAUCGAUUCAAGGGAAUGGCAACUUCAGGUCCGGCAUCCGAUAGAUGGGCAGAGUUGUUUGCUGUCGGAACUCCUCAGGCUGAGCUGAGACGCCCAAAGCAGACCAAGGGCUUUCUAGAUAGCCAAGUCACGGGUAUUGUCUGGAUCCUCUCCAGGCUUCUGGGUGAGCUGCCUCAGCUCAAAAGGCUCGAGAAUGCCCGCGAAAGAGAAAUCCGGAGGAAAUUGAGAGGUCCCAAGUACGGUGGCGCAAUACUCGCUGACUCCAUGGGACUCGGCAAGACCUUGACGGCUAUCGCCACUAUCGAGCUCAUGGCAAGCCACAGCCUCAAUGUGGACCAUGAUGAGAAGACGGGAAUGCGUGUGUACAGGCCUAUUUUGAUUCUUGUGCCCAACCUGGCUGUUGCUGGCCAAUGGACAGAAGAAAUCUUGCUCAACACUUCGUCCAAGUCAAUUCAAAGAAUUCUUGUCGCUGGGGGAGAUGCGUGUCUAUUCAGUCAGGAUCCCCGUGUUUCCCACUUACCCAUUGACUCCUUCAAGGUUUGGCCGCACAGGUACAAGGAUGUCUGGGAUACGGACAGCCCAACGGCAGCCAGAACCAUCAUCAUUAGCCCAAUAGAUACAUGGGCAAAGAGGACACUUUAUACCAAGGAGGAGAGCAGCCGAGAAGACGGCGAAGACUGUGAUAAAGAAGGCGAUAAAGGCAGCAAGAAGGACAAGCCCAAGAAGUCAUGGCAUUCCAUCUUAACAGCAGAAGGCCGCGGGUUCUCCAUGGUCUGUGUAGACGAAGCUCACAAAGUCAAGAGUACGUCCACGAAUGUGCACAAGAGCGUCUCUCUUCUUGAGCGACAGUUCACGCUGCUGAUUACUGCCACCCCAUGCACCAAUUCCCUGGGCGAUUUGCGAGGCUUGGUAGAGCUGCUCUGGAGCUCUGCAUUGAAGCAGGUGAACAAAAGCGAUGUGACGAGGGAGGCCCAUCAAGACAUCGAAACGCUUCCUCAAUUGAAGGAGGCUAUCCAGGGUCGUCCACUGUACGACGACAUGCAACUUCUUGCAGGCUGCCCUGACUUAUUAUCGCCUUUGUUGCGACCAUAUGCCAGCGGACUGGACCCAGAUAUUGUUUCCACAAGGACUUUUCUGAGGUUCUUUGAAUCUUUGGCAAUGCUAAAGAGAGGACCCGGUUCCUUCCUUUUCGAGGAUUUCGAGCAGACGAGGCGAAUCCCGCUGGAGGGGUUGUACCCUGGGGUGAAGAGCAGAACCGUCAAUAUCGAGUUUGACCCAAGCACAGCAACUGCAUACGAAUCCAAGCAUCUUGAGCUGCUUAUCUGGUGUCUGCACAGCCUCAAUUACUGGUCUUCGGAAGCAGAAGACGACAUAGACAAGCCAAGUGAGGACUCUGAAGACUGUCCUCGUACUGGCCAGGUACACCGCAAAUGGCAAAUCGCUUGCUCAUCCAUGGACGUCUUCAAACUUGAGACCCUGUUUGAUGCCAACGGAUAUGGCCCGAGGACCAAACCCGUAUUACUCAUGAGGAAUGCGGGUGUUACAUUCAUUAAGCUCGCCGACUUCUUACUCGAUGCUGAUGAACCCGCCCCCAAGACAGCCCUGGAUUACUUGAAGCUGGCAAUCCGGGGAUCGCCGACACUGCGCUACAUUCUAUACGAUCUCAAGGAACAUGUCUUGAGCAAACGCAUUGGGAAAAAGAUUAAAAAGGUUCUCAUUACUGAGGAUGUUCCCAUGCUGGCAUACUACUAUGAACUGGUCUUGCAGCUCAUCGGCAUCAACUGCCGCGUUCUGCACUCGGAACUCAGCCCCAGCCAAAGGAAAGAACUGAUUGCUGACUUUAACAACGGUGCGAUGGACUCGGUACAAGUACUGAUUCAGAUGUACAAGGUUGGAUUUGCCGGGACAAAUCUGCAAAAGAACUGUUCCCGAGUCAUUGUUGCCGCCCAGGCACAGAGUCUCGCUGUCCAGUGGCAAGCUGCCCACCGCGUAAUCCGCGUAGGCCAGACCCAAGUGGUCGAUGUCGUCCGAGUAAAAGUCCUCAAUUCCUAUUAUGCUUUCCGUGAGAGUCAGCAGGUUGCAAAGAUUCUGCCAGAGCUCAGUGUCCGCGCACAGGGCACGAUGAGCCACAUCUUAGUUCAGCUUCUGAAUAACUUCCAGUACGAAAUUGAUGAGCUUUGGAAUAUCGAAGAGGGCCAAAAGAUCCUAGCCAAGGCAGAGACUGAUCAGUCAGCCUUCGGAAAAAGGCCCACGAAGAAGAGAAAACUCGGCUUUCACCAGUCAAAGUCCAUGUUUAGAGGAACUCACCAGUCCGAUGACCAUGAGGAUGAUUCUGAUGGUGACAGUGUAUCCUCCAAUGACGGUCAGGGCUUGGCUUCAGCUGGACACUUAGCGCGGGCAUCGAGCUGGAACAGAACAACACGCGAAUUUCAGGACUUGGACUGGAUGCAGACGGCCACAUCCAGCCACGCGCAAGACUCAACUUCUCCGAGGACUCGUUCUACGUACUAUUACGAAUUCAAAAAGUUUCCAGCACCGUCGAGGGAGUUUUUCAACCAUAAGGGUCACUUGAACCAGCGGCUUCUUCGCUUUCGUAAGGCCGGAUAUGGCGGACUAGCGCCAUCGACUUGGACGAUAGCAGAUCUCGAAGAACCUGCUAUUCUCGAGCGAGCAUUAGAGAUUGUUCUUCGGGUCAUUUCAGGUUCCAGCCAUGUCGAGCUGGUCCCAUUCCCCCAGAUAGAUUUCUCCCGAGUCCCUGAUGAGGUUCUCGUCCGAGUCAUGAAGGUGAUUGCUGCAAUAAAGGAGGGAAAAUCCAACCUUGUCAGUAUCAUGAACGGAGAAGUGCACUCCUCCGAAGACUCCAAAGACUCCGGAGAAGAUGACUCAGCAGACGAAGAAGAAGACGAAGACGACGACGACUCGGAAGAAGAAUGUAAAGAAGACUCUGAUGAUGCAGAAGAAAAAGAAGAAGACUCCGAUAAAGUCAAAGACUUCGAGGAGGAUAAAAAGCUACUCCAAGAGACUACCAUCAGCUUUAAGGACGAGCAGUCACCGACUUUGGCGAAGAUUCAAAAAGACGAAACCAUGAAUGAUGAGCUGAAGGACGGUGUGUCACUGAAAGAAGACGUCUUGGUAAAGAAAGAGGACUGUUCGGCCGAGUCGCUUGGCAACUAUCAUGGCAGCGCAAACUUUCCGCAGGAGCCUAAGCAUGAAGAUGAUGGAAAAGCAUUGAUCAAGCAAGAACCGGACAUUGCGAUCAAGACAGAAGUCAAAACGGAGCCCGAUACUGGGUCAGUACCGAAAAGGGACUCUGCCACGCUCAACUACACUCAACAAGGCAUGGGGACUCGUCUUAGCCCCUACGUUACAAGUCCUGGUACUCUUUCCUCUCCAAUUGACCUGACAAUCGAUUUUACAAUCGACCUCACGGUCGAGAGCGCGAGAGAAGCACCGAGACCGUCCAGUUUCAGUGUCCAGGCGGCCAAUCAACGUGAAAUCAUCAAGAUUGAAGAUGAUGAUUCGUUCGAAGUCAUCACUAUUGACAGUGACUCGAAUAUUGGCCAUGAUGAUGACGACGACAUUAUAUUUGUUUCUGAGCGGUGGAAUUGA